CAAGUCGGGCGUGCCGCGGGUACCAGUGAAGCCAGGGCCUCAGCAAGCUCUUGGUCGAGCCAUGACGGCCCGUGUCUCGUCGAACGCGCCAGGCGAGUCCGAGUCCCGACCCCUCGGCCGGGCCAGGACGACCCGCUUCAACACGACGAUCUUUACCAAGCCAACGACCGACGCAGUGCAGUCCCUCUCAAAGCCCCAGGUGACGGACCGUGACUUUCACUCGACCAUGGGAGUGGUCCUACCGGCGCGCUUUUGUGGCCUCGAGCCGAUUCAUCCGCACUCGACAUUCAUGCGCAACUGGGAUGCUCUCUCGAUCGUCCUCCUCUUCUACACAGCGGUCGUGACGCCGUUCGAGACGGCGUUCUUGACACCGAGUUUCGACGCGCUCUUUGGCCUCAACACACUCGUCGACGUGUGCUUCUUCCUCGACAUGGUGCUUCGCUUCUUCCUCGUGGUGCGAACGUCCUUCGCUACAGGCAAGCGAUUGAUGUCAUGCUCUUACCAAAUAUGCAGUGUCUUAAGUGUGCGUAGGUUUUUCAUCGACCUCGUCUCGGUGCUCCCGUUUAACACUAUCGGGCUCAUGGUCACGUCGCCAGCGCUCGGUCGGCUCCGCUUUAUGCGUAUCCUUCGGCUCUUCCGCCUCAUGAAGGUCAUCCGCGUCGUGCAAGACGCCAGUGUUUUUCAGUACUGGGAGGUCAAGAUGAGCAUGAACUAUGCGACGUUGGCCUUGGCCAAGUUUUGCUUUUUUGUCUUGAUGAUCGCGCACUGGAUUGCGUGCGUCUUUCGCGCGGUCGUGGACCUCGAAACCAACUUGGACGUGAACGGGCGUCACUACAACUGGCUCACCGAUCACUACAUGGGCCCGGACGCGCUCAUCGACUGCGAAGUGCUCGUUCAGUACAUCUCUGCGCUCUACUGGUCAGUUAUGACACUCACCACGAUCGGCUACGGUGACGUGGGCCCCGCGACCCCGGGGGAGCGCGCGCUCUCGAUCGUUUGCAUGGUCCUUGGCGGUGGCACGUAUGCAUACGUCGUUGGUGGCGUCUGCCGCAUUUUGAGUGCAAUGGACGCGGCAACAUCCGAGUUUCAUCAGACCAUCGACACGCUCAACGAGUUUUGCCGCUUCAACCAGCUGCCGUCGGACCUCUCGUCGCGAUUACGUGACUUUUUCUUCUCAUCGCGGUCGCUUCUUCGCGAGAAGAAGAACCGGGACCUCCUCCUCGCCAUGUCGCCGGGGCUCCGCGGCGAAGUCGCCUUGUACAACAACCAGUGGAUUAGCAAGAUCGAUUUCUUCAGCUGCUCGGACGACCGCGAACGCUCUCAAUUUAUCACAGCUCUGGCAAUGGUAUUGCGUCCCGAGUGCUUCCCGCCGUCCGAGGCCGUCAUUCGCCAAGGCGAGUACAACACGAAAAUGUACUUGGUGGAACGCGGGUUUGCGACGCGCGGCAAGGUCAUGGUGGGUGCCGGCUCAUUCUUCGGCGAGGACAUUAUACUCACGUAUCGCCAGCGCAAGGUCGCCGUGCGCGCGUUCACGUACCUCCACGUUCAAAUUCUCACCAAAUUUGACUUGGAAGACAUUCUCUCCUCCGGCUUGUACCCUGAAAUCCUGCGCAACAUUCGCGGCAAAGUGCUAAAAACCGCCUUUAAGAACAACUUUGUACGCUUGACCGAAAACAUGGCGACCAUCAAGCGCAUGGAGACCCUCCGCAAGCUCUCGCGCGGCGUCGUCACGCCGUCGUCGCCCGAGGUACCCUUCGGACCGCACCCAUCCAUACUAUCGCAACAAACGGCGACCACGACGAUGCCGGCGUCGGCGCGCACAGUAGGCGUCAAUGUGGGCACCAUUGUCGAUGGGGUUGCCACGUACAUCAAGUCGAAUCGGUCCGAGAAGCUCUCGGAGAUUGGUGACCGUCUCGAUCUGAUCCUGAAGCGCAUUGCAGCAGUCGAAUCGGCCGUCCUGGGCGACGGCGCCGCCUUGCCAUUGCAACGUCCGCUGCCGACGACGUCCGACACCAAGCCGGUUCGAGGGCCACCGGUGCGGGACCAUGACCCUAGCAUGUCGUACCGCACGGCAGCCUUCUCGUCGCGGCACCGCGGGUCCUUGGACUUGUCUCUUUUGUGAAACAAAACGUUCAACAUGCAUGGACUCGCAACUUGCAGGGACAAUACAUGUCACCCAGCUAUGUAGCUAUCCUGAGCCGCGGACAAGGAUACACACGUGACUGACGAAGGCUAUGAACAAAGCGC